UGAAGGAGGUGGGCCCAUUCCAUCUUCGACUGUCAGAUUGGCAUAGAGCUCGCGUUGUUGUUUGCAGGUAAAGGGAACCGAUUGAUACACAUUACCAAACAUAUAAUUGUUAUUUUAGCAAACAACAAAACGCAAUGGAAAAGGUAUAUUCUGUUGAACAGGACGCUUAUGUCACAAAAACGAAGAUUUGAAGCAUUGGGAAGCAAAGUAAACGAGUGCAACACCUUGUGUGCUUGGAAAAUCUCGUGUCAACGUUUGGCCUGGGCACGCAUUUUACAAGGAACUUUCGACAGCUGCGUGUUUUAAAGCAAACCGUCAACAAAGAAUGAAACCCUUCAAACGAGCCCUGGAGGAGGAGCAGCAGGCGCGAGAGCAGGAGAUGUCGUCGGCCAUGUCUGACAGUGACCCGCUGGAGGACGAGGGCUUCCCCCUUGACCUGUCAGGAGGGGGCGGGGGCUCCGGCAAGCGGCGGCGGCGCUUCAACCUGCCGAAGGAGGCGGUGACGGUGCUGCGGGGCUGGCUGUAUGAGCACCGCUACAACGCCUAUCCCUCGGAGCAGGAGAAACUGAGCCUGUCCGACCAGACCAGCCUCUCCGUACUGCAGAUAUGCAACUGGUUCAUCAACGCGCGUCGCCGCCUCCUCCCUGACCUGCUUCGCAAGGACGGCAAAGACCCCAGCCAGUUCACCAUCUCCCGCCGGGCCGGCAAAGGCGAGGGCCGCCUGUCCACCGGCAGCGGUAGUUCCCCUGAAAGCCCCGGCUCCUCUGCACCCCCGCCCGCCCUGCUCCCCCUGCGGCCCUCCGUCAUACGGCCGGGCCCCACUCUGGACCUGAGCCUCCUGGGGAACACGGCCACAGCUAUCCUGACCGGAGCCGGCUUCCCUGGCCACGACGGCUGCCGCGUCCAGGCCCUGGUGCAGCUGGACACGCACGUCCUCCUGCGUCGAGAGGAGGAGAAGGGCCCCGCGGGGGUCAGCGGGUGCGCCGCCGGCGGCCUGUACAACACCCCGCCUCCCACCCCUCCCGAACUGGGCCCCGGCCAGGACUUCAGUGACCUCAGGCUGCUGGUGGACGCGGCGCUGCAGAGGGCCGCCGAGCACGAGAGCCAGACCAGGCUGCAGGACCGGAGAGGGGCGGCUGGCCACGCCGUGGGCGUCUGCGGUCACGGCAACGGUGCUUUGGGUCCGACCCCUCCGCCGGAGCCGGGCCACGCCACGGCGGACUCGCUCGGGGCACCGGAUCCUGUUGGGAACGCCGCGGUUUCUCCGGUCUCAGUCCCUGUCGUCCCUGCGUCUAAUCCCGCCGUGGCCUUUGUUCCCACUCAAAGUCCCCUCCUAGCCCAAAUGCCAGUUUCAAACCUUGCCCCGGCUUCGACUGCCGUUCUAACCAAACCUGCCGCACCAGCUCCGAGCCCGGUUCAGCCCUUCGCGGCCGGACCGCCUCUGUCCUCGGUCCCGGGUCUGAGCGUAAACCCUGGCGCGCCGGUCCAGGCCCCAACCCCGGUCCGCAGCCCGUUCCUGGGUCUGGCCUCCCGCCACCUCCAGCCCCUGUCCUCGUCGGUGCCCGCCGGCAGUGUCCAGAGGGCUCAGCUGGUGCCCGGCGUGUGGGGCGUGGUCCACGGCGAUGUCGCGGGCCGACAGUCUGGUCCCGUGGUCCAGGCUCCCAUGGCUGCGGUGUGGGGCCCUCAGCACGCCCUGCACACGGUCAGCGAAACGGUCAACUAGAGCCGUGGCCCCGGGUCAGAAACUCUGCCUGACCAUAUACAACAGUGUAUUCCCUUCAUCGGCCCCUCUGACCCUGUCUUAGCGUGGCAGGUGAGGCAGAACUGACACUGUCGUUCAUACAGCCAGGACUGGGAGAGGAAGACCGGUGUUUUAUAUCUGUAUUUUUAAAGACUGUGAUGCUUAUUUUUUUAAGAUUUUUUCUUUAUGUAUGGGUUCUUGUAUGUUUAUUUUUAUUUUUUUAAUCUUGAAUGCAGCCGUUUCUGAGCAGAACCGUUGUGUUUGGUUUUCUCUUGCAGCAUUCCAGAUAACAGGUCAGCAUGAGAAUGGCGUCGCCAAGUUAUAUAAUGUAGUACUGGAAUCCCUAAACUCUCAGCUACAAGGGGGGGCGUUGACUUCCUCCUUCACCUGUUUUUUAUUUGACAGUCCUGAAGCCAGCACCAGCAGAGCUAGCCUCAUCAGUAGCAGUACCAGACUUAGUUGAAUGUAUAAAGCGGAACUCAACAACUUCAAAGCCAGGCUGCCUAGCCUGUCAAUCAUUCCCACCGUGGAUUAACAAGGGCCAACCUGGGGCUGAAAUGCGUGCGUGCGCACGCCUGAUUUUUGUGUACUUGUGUAUGUUCUUUUCAAGCGCCAGUGUUGUGCUCCGCCAAUACAGUAUAUGCACUUUAGAUACUUUAGUUUCUUAGUCCGGACUUCACAUCUCGAGCAUUCCACACACACACCCCAACCCACCCCAGCAUUGGCCAGAGGACAGGCGGAAGGGAAAUUGAUUGGACUGCGGUGUGCCUGACUAUACUGCUGCAAUGUCACUUCUCUCUGCCUGUCUUCAGGGUGCUGUGCAUUGUCAUGUGGCCUCCAGGGAUAUAACUGUUAAGACCCAAACUCAUCAGUUUGCAGAGAAUACAAACACCACCUUUUUGUUGUGUUUUUCAAAAUAUUUUUUUUUUAAAAUACUAUAUGUUCAUUUAAACCUAUUUCCAAAAUAGUAUCUUAGCAGAUGAACAGUAUUUCUGUGUAUAUAUACUGUAUAUAUAUGAAAUUAGGAUACGUUUUCUUGUUCUUUGUAAUGUCUUUAUGCAUAUUGUGUGAUUUCCAGGGACGUGUUUUCAGUGAGGAGAUGAAGGAGGUGAGAGUUGUGUGCACGUGUCGUGGGGGUGAGUUCUCUCUGGUCCUGUUACAAAAAUCAAUUUAGUGGUGGUGCUAAAGGCUUAGUCGGAGGACACCGUCAAGCUGUCAACUCAUCCUUAAGGGACAUGUAAUGUAAGACUGCUAUGAUAAGUGCCCUGUUUUGCCAUAGUUGUCUAUGGUGGAUGUCUGUUACUAACAUUUCAAGCUUUUGGGUCUGCCUGGUCGUGGGGGGGGGGGGGGUUGAACCAAGUAGCAAAUCAUUGGAGCCUUAAGAUUUAGUGGCUGUAUUUGAAAUCCUCACGGGUUUAAAUUGAAACGCUCGAGUGUUCACUUGGAUUAGUUCAGUUGUGACAGAUACCUGGUCAGAGUUCUAUUGGAAUCAUUGAUCAAUGUUGAAUAAGUUAUUUUGAAGCAAGCUAGUUUCUGGAGAAUUGGACCGAUGUCUCCCGCAGUUUUAGCAAAAUAUGCCCGCUUGUUACAGUAUUUCUUACUCUUUUUAAACGGUUGUAGUUUCCAUGAAACAGUCUUCUUAUAUACCACAUAUUAUGGCCACAUGUUGACUUUAGGUGCAACUGAUAGUUGGACCCUACGUGAGCUUAGUGCUGCUGCAGAGUCCCCUUAACUGUCAUAGGUUCGUUCAUAUGGGCCCAAUCAGUUUUUCUCUUUUUUGACGUUUACCUGAGACAUGCUUAACAACCAUGGCUGGAAUCCCAGCAGCUAUAGGGUUUGUUUUUUUCUUACAGGUACUGUAAUAAGAGAUGUGCUUAAGAGUUCUAUCUUUUAUCACAAUUUGAGGGGAAAAGGUAGAAAUCUGUGUCGGACUUCACUUUGUAAACAGGAUUCUAAGCGAAAUACGGUUACUAUUUUAAGGUGAAAUACAGUAGAGUAAAGCGGGUAUGGGAUUUGUUAUUACUCAUACAAUACUACAUUGCCACUGUGACUACAUAUUACUUGUUGUGAUACUGGAAACGUCUGGAUACUGAACGUUAUUUAGAAAAACUAUAUCUUACAUCAGGUUUUAGAUGCAGAAUGAAACUUGGGUCGUAGAUGCCAAUGUGAAAAUGCAUGUAAAUACACAAUGUUCAGGUCUUUUUGUUGUCUCUCAUUUUGGCAUGAAUUGUUUUGGAAAUGAAAAUGUGUAGCUUCUCAGUAUGACCAAAUGCAUCCAAAAGAUGUUUUUCUUCCCAUUUUAGUGUAUAAAUCAUGGCUGCCGUUUCAGUAUAACUGGCUAUUGUGCCUUAAGCCUUGGGAUUGAGGAAACAACCCUUCUACAUAGAAACUUUUCAAUAGUCUGUGCAAUAUAUGCCUUAAACUUUAAAUGUGUUUUGUACAAGCAUUUCAGAGAAUAAAACUUCAUUUUUCAUAA